AUGUCGGCAACUGUGAAGAAGACUAGCAGCAGCGCCAAGAAGAACACCUCCUCCCUCGAGCCUUCCCACGAUCCAAGCCAAGCCGACAGCGCACUCGACAGCUUCGAGGGAGAUGGAGCAGAUGAGGAGAAUGCCGAGACCGACAAUGAGGACAUGACCGCGUACUGCCCGGACAUGCCCUAUUGCAGCUGUCGAGAGUCGUUCGACGAGGACGACGAGGAUCACGGCGAUAUGGUCGAGUGUGAUAAUCCUGCUUGCCUAAUCGCAUGGUUCCACCUCAAGUGCACCGGGCUAAAGGUACUGCCCACCACCGAAGAGAAGUGGGAGUGCAACGAGUGCGAACACCCAAAGUUCAGAAUCCCAACGCCGAACUGGGAGCGUCUGGUGUGGUAUGGCGAGAAGGUUUACGUGGAGGGUUAUACCAUGGACUAG